CCCGAACGAGGUAACAAUGCCUGCAGAACCAGUCAAAGCGCCCAAGAAGGGCUCAAAGAAAGCCGUCUCCAAAGCCACCAAGACCGGCAAGAAGAGGAGAAAGUCCAGGAAGGAAAGCUACGCCAUCUACGUGUACAAGGUGCUGAAGCAGGUCCACCCCGACACCGGUAUCUCCUCCAAGGCCAUGGGCAUCAUGAACUCCUUCGUGAGCGACAUCUUCGAGCGCAUCGCCGGGGAGGCUUCCCGUCUGGCUCACUACAACAAGCGCUCCACGAUCACCUCCCGGGAGAUCCAGACCGCCGUCAGGCUGCUGCUGCCCGGGGAGCUGGCCAAGCACGCCGUGUCCGAGGGCACCAAGGCCGUCACCAAGUACACCAGCUCCAAGUAAACAGCCCUGCUGUUACACCAUCAACCCAAAGGCUCUUUUAAGAGCCACCCACUUAUUCUGAGAGCUCCUUUCCUGCUGAUUUGUCCUUCACUAAACAUGUGUUUUUGUUUUGUAGGUUAACUACCAAAUUUGUAGGUAAUUCAUAACGUUUGUAGUUAUAAUACAAAUGGCUACAUUAGGGCUGUAGAAAAUUGAUGACUUGAUUUAUUAGUUUGUCAAGAGAAAUCAAUCAUUUUGAGAGCUUAAUGCGACAUGGCUGCAGAAGGUCAAUGUUUUCAGCUUCAGAAAAAUGAGAUUUUCUGUUUUGGUGACAAACAUUUGUGUGUGUGAUUAUGUGUGUGUAUGUAUAUAUGUGUGUGUAUGUAUAUGUAUGUGUGUG